AUGAUUAAAAAUAAAGUUUAUAUUUAUGAUAUUUAUUCAUAUUUCGAAGAUUUAAAUACCUCAAGUAAUAGUAAAAAUAAUAUUAAAAAAAUAAAUAAAACAACUGUAAAUUAUAAUAAUGUAAAUAAUAAUAUAGAUAAUAAUAUAAAUAAUAAUAAUAAUAAUAAUAAUAAUGGAUAUUUAGAACCAAAUUUAUUAAAUUUGUCAAAUGAACCUAAAAUAAAAAAUAACAAUUUACAACAUAGAGAAGUUCAAAUUGGUUCAUAUAGUAAUAUAAAUAAUAAUAAAAAAGAACCAAUCAGUUAUCAAGAAGAAUCAUUACCACAACCAAUUAGUAGUUAUCAAGAUGAAAUAUACGAGGAUGCUUCAGAAAAUGAAGAGGAUAUUAGUACUGAGGAAGAAUUUGAUGAAGAUGAUCACUAUAUAACUGAUGGUGAAGAGAAAAACAAUAAAGUUAUAAACUAUACCCCAGAUAUUUAUUCACCACCAAAUGAAGAGGGAAAAGGAAAAUCACCAAUAAAAAAAAAAAAUAAUCUACGAGAACAACAAAAAUCACCAAAAAAUAUACCACAAGAUCAAUUACAUUUAAACUCAUCCAAUUUAAUAUCACAAUUAAAUAGAUAUUGUACAAAAGAAUUUAAAAGUAAAGACUGGAAUGGUGAGUUUCAAAAUUUAUUACAACAACCCAACAGCGAACAAAAAUUUAGAAAACUGUCGCAUUUAGCCAAAGAUUUUGUAUUUACAGCUAAAUCAUAUGCAACUAUUAUCAUAAAUGAAUUAUGUGUACCAUUAGAAUUAAAGACUAUCAAACCAGUUGAUGUUGGUGGUUUCGCAGGUGGUUUAAAGUAUCAUUGCCAAGGUAUUUUGUUUAAAUUUGCAAUGGACACAAUGCUAAACAAUGACUGCUGGAUGUAUGGUGGUGACAAUGCAAGAGAUGACUAUGCUGCCAAGGCUGCAUCAAAUGAACUUAAAGGUUUAAUAAGUUACUAUAUGGCUGGUGUCAAAGGUUUAAACUAUCCAUUGAUGGCGUUAAUAGAUUAUAAAGGAUUCAGAUUAAUUGCUUUAUCCGUCUUACCGAUUUCAAACGAAACUAUAAAGUAUGGCUCUUCUGAUAGUGGUUCAAUAGUUCAUUCAAAUAUCCCAGAUCUAAAUGAAAAAAUGAAAGAAGCUGGUAAAAAAUUAAAUUUAAAAGCACAUCACGUUGGCUCUGUUUCUGGCUUUACAAAAGAAUUAACAAGCCCCGGAGAUAUAGAAGGUCAUUUAGGCGAAGAUAACAGAUAUUAUGUUAUAGACUUUAGUAGAACUUUUCCCCCAGAAUCAAUUAUUAAACAACCCAAUGUGAACAAGAGAUGUAUUUUCUAUAAUUUAUUAAGGCCAGAAUUUGUAUCAAAAUGGAAAGUACCUUUAUGUAGUGACUCAUUUUCUGGGUGGCAAAGAAAUGAUCCAAAUAAACUAACUCACAAUAAAGAAGUUGAAGAAGCUACAAACUAUUUAGUAAAUGAUUUGGUAAAACAAUUGGCCCAGAAAUUUGAUCAAGAAAGAAGCGGUAUUAUGAAAAAACUAAAUGCUGAUAUUAAACAAAUCUCUGCCGUAUCAUCAACUGUAGUUAAAGAAGAAACUCCUUCAGAUUUUAAUCAAAUAAAACAAAGUUUUGCCGUUAAAUUUAUUCCAAUCCUCCAAAAAAGAUUUGAAGACCAAUCAAAUAGUUUGUUAGAUAAUCCAAAUACAAUAUCUGAUUAUGAAUCAUCUGUUAACUAUAGUAAUCUCUUAACAUCACUGGAUUCCAAUUCAUCAUCAUCACAAUCUAUUCAAACAGUUACUAGCAAUAAUGAUAUAAAUAAUAAUAACACAAGUCCAUUGAUUCAAGUUUUACAACAACAACAGCAACAGUCAUUAUCACAACAACAACAGCAACAACAACCACAACAACCAAACCAACCAAACCAACAACCAAAAUAUGCAACCAGACCACUAAAUCAUGUAAAAAAUGAAGUACCACAGCAACUAUUAAGAAUAAUUGAAGAAAUGCAUAGAAGUGGUAUUAAUAUUAGACACAUGGGAAGGGUUAGAUUUUAUACAAAAUCAAAAAAUAUUAGAGAUUUAUUAUUACUAGAAAUGACCGCUAGAUCAAUUAAAACUAUCAUACGUGAUGAAAUGCGUUUAAAAAUGAAAGAAGAACAAGGUUUAUCUGAAGAACCUUUUAAAGAAAUUAUUAUUGAAAUUUUUAAUAAAAUUUUACAAAAAGAUCAAGAAAUAUGGAGCAGAGUUUUAAAUAUUAUAAGAUCAAAAUAUUAUAUGGCGUUUAUGAAAGAAGAUGACGAAGAAAUAAAUAACAGUAUAAAUAAUAACCCAUUAAAUUUAAAUAACAAUAAUAAUUUAAAUAACAACUCGAUUGACAAUGUAUCAACACCAUCAACAACAUCUUCAUAUUCAAAUAGUUCAUUAAAAACCUCAUCAACAUCAUCAUUUAAACCACCAUAUAAAGAAGAAAUUGAAGAAGGUUGGAUGGAUUGUGUAAAUAUUAAAAAUUUAUUAGAUAGAUUACAAUUAUUAGCUGGUAUUUCAUUUACACCUGCUGCUCAAUCAGAAUUAUCAAGAAAUCAUAUUAAAUUUCAAUUGGUUGAUUCCGAUAUUUUAGAUAUUCAUGCCAAUAUUAAACAUAUGAACAUCAUAGACUAUGCUGAAGGUAGAGCACUUUCCAUCGCUGCUAAACAAAAAGAAAACAGUCUUAGAUUAUUAAAAAUGUCAUCUUUGAAAUUUCAAGUAUCUCUAAAAUCAAAUCCUGACAACAUUGAGUGCAUUUAUCAAUUGGGUAGAAACUUAACAGUAGAAGCUAAGACAAUUGCCAAAGUUACAGGUAUGUUUGGUAGAAAUAUUUAUGUAAAAACUUUAGAAGAUGCAGCAGCCAAAUUUUUAGAUGCAGUUUCAAUUUCCAAUACUUUUAUAUUAGCACAUUAUAAACUUGGUAGAGUUUAUUCUUUAAUGGCUCACUAUCACCAAAACAAUUUAUACAAAUCCUCAAAACUUUAUAAAAUGGCGUCAAUUCACUACAGAAGAGCUAUUGAAUGUUUCCGAAAAAAAUAUAAUAAAUCUGAUGACUCUACAAACAAUAGUUUCCAAAAUUAUAAAUUUGAUCCAAAAGAUAUAAUAGCCAAACAAAAUUCUGAUGACGAAAAUGAAGAAAAUGAAGAACUUGUCGAAUUCUAUAUACUCAACGGUCUCGAAAAUUCUUUUCUUUUAGGUUUACAAGGUUCAGCAAACUAUAUUGUUGGUGUUUCAAUUGUAUCUCAAGAACUGGAAGAUAAGUUUAAACAAUAUCCAAAUCUUUUAAUUUUAAUUGGUAAAUCAUUCAUUUAUAGACCUUACUAUGAUGAUAUCAAUACUCCCAUUGGUAAAAAAAAUAGAUUAGAUCAACAGUUCCACCAAAGUAAUAAAAACAAUUAUUAUCAAGAUGCAACUAUGAAAUUUCAUCAAGCUCUUCUAUUAAACUCAUCAUUAAAGAGUAUUGUUUUUGAAAUUGCCGUAGAUAUUUGGUUAAAAAGUAAAACUGGUAACAGAAAGCUAUACUACCCAGCAUCAAAUAUUUUAGGUUUAUUAGUACGUGAAAAUUUUUAUAGAGAUGAUACAGUUUAUUCAAUGUAUGUCGAAUCACUAUUAGAAAUUCUAAAGAUGGAAAAUUCAAGUCUCUUUUUGCAAAACAAAGAAAACUCUCUUAUCAAUACCGAUAUACCACCAUCACCACCUCCAACCCCUCCACCACUACCUCUUUCUUCACCUCUUUCCUCACCACCAUUACCAUCCUUACCCUCAUCACCAUCAUCAUACCAACUACCAAUCCAAAAUCAACAAAAUAUUUAUUUAAUUGAAACCAGAAUUGUGUUUGAAGGUUUAUUUCAAAGCAACAAUAAUUUUAUUUAUAAUAAAUUAGAGAAUGCCAUCGAAAAUCAACAAAAUGAAAUAACCGACUUUAUAAAAAUCUCAACACAUUCGUCAAUUAUUAAGGCAAAAUUAACCCAAGCCAUACAAAAAAAAAAAGUAUUAAAACUAAAUCUACAUCGUACCCUAAUAUCUGAUCAAGAUUUAAAUACAAUUGGCGAAAUUUUUGGUAAUCAAUUACAAGAAUUAGAUAUAUCAGGUUGUCCAUUAGUUAGCGAUUAUGGUGCCUCUGAAUUUUUAUCAACCUAUGGUAAACAUUUAACAACUCUCAUUUUAGCAGAUACAUUAAUUUCAGAUAAAACAAUUUCUAUCCUUUCAAAUUUCUGUCAACAAAUUCAAAAACUAGAUAUUCAAAAUUGUUUUUUUAUAAAUCCCGAAGCUCUUUCGCUAUUAUCACACAUUCAAAAAUUAAAAAUAAUUAAUGUUUCAAGAUGUAAAAUUACCAAUAACACAAUUUUAUCAUUUAAUCAACAUCAAAAUAUAACAAAUAUUCAACAACAAAUAAUAUCUACCUCAACAAUUAGUAAUAGUAAUAACAAUUCAUUAAUAACAUCCAAUUUUACAAACACCACAACAACAACUACUACAUCAAAUUUAGUAUUAAAUAAUAAACAAAUUCAAGAACUAAUAAUUAAAAAUCCAGCAAAAUUAUCAGAUGAUGCAUUCCAACAAUUUCAAUCAUGGCAAACUUUAAAAAUUUUAGAUUUAUCAGGUUGCUCAAAACUAUCAGAUAAUGUAUUUUUUAAUUUACCAGAAUGCUUAAAUUUAGAACAGUUAAUUUUAGAGGCAUGUUAUAAUCUAACUGAUAAAUCUGCUAAAUCAAUAGCUUCAAUAAUGCCAAACCUAUGGAAACUAUCAUUAAAAGGUUUAAAGUUUUUAACAGAUGAAGGUGUACAAACUAUAGUCGAAAAAUGUAAAAAGAUAAAAGAUUUAAAACUAUCACGUUGCCAUACCCUUACAAGCUACUCUGCAGAUUUAAUUGCUGAGCAUCUAGGUGAUACGUUGGAAAGAAUAGAUCUAUCAAUUUGUCCACAAAUCGUCGAAGAGUCAUUAAUCAAUCUAUUAAAGAAAUGUACACCAAAAUUAAUAGCAAUCAAUUUUUCAGAAAACCAAACAGUCUCUGAAGAAACUAUAAAGGUUAUUAAUGAAUCGUUCCCAAACCUACAACACCUACGUUUAGAUUCAUGUGUUAAAAUCAAAUCUGAUGGUUUUGAAUUUAAAAUACCAAGUUUAAAGACCCUCUCUCUUAUGAAAUCUCAAAUCUAUCAUCACUCUCUUGCUAUAAUAUCAUUAUCAUUAACCAAUUUGACGUCGCUAUCACUUAAAGGCUGUUUCCAAUUAACAGAUUCAUCAUUCCAAACUAUAAAAAACUUGGUUCAUUUAGAAAACCUAGAUAUAAGCGAUAACUAUAGGGUUUUAGAUACCCCUAUGGUUGAUAUCUGUAAAAAUCUUUUCAAGCUUAAGCACCUUGACAUCUCAUCAUGUUUACGUUUAACAACUAAAACAUUCUUUUUAAUAGGUAAAUAUCUAACAAAGUUAGAAACCCUUAUAAUGUCUGGAUGUGGUAAUUUAACAGAUGCAGCCCUAGUAUAUAUUUCAGAAAAUUUAAUAUCCAUUAAAUCUUUAGAUGUAUCUGGUUGUCAAAUGAUUACAGAUACUAGUAUUAAAUCUUUAGCUAACAAUCAAGUGCACCUCCAAUCAUUAUCAUUAAAAGAUUGUAAAUCAAUUACACAGCAUUCAAUAGAUAUAGUUAAAAACAAAUGCCCACUAUUUAAAUUGGUUCGUUUAUCAUUACACUCACUACCGAUUGUUGGUGAACUCAAAUCCAAUACGACCGAUAUUUUAAAACCAAUUCAAUAUCCAGUAGGUACAACUGAGGAAUGGAAGAAAAUAUCAGAAGAAAAGAAACGUAAUGAAAAAAUAUUAAAAGAAAAACAACAAAAGCUAAAAGAACUAGAGGAUUUAAAACCAAAAUAUAGAGAUUUUAACGAAAAACUCAGUUAUAAAGAAAUUAUGCUAUCAAAAGAAAAAUUAAAACUAGAUUUGAAAAAUUUAGAAAAGUAUCUAAAAGAAAACGACUUUUUAGAAAUAUUCAAAAUGAAUCCCGACUCUUUUUCAAAACUGCCCCAUUGGAGACGUGAUGAUCUCAAAAAGAAAGCCCAUUUAUUUUAA